AUGGCGGUGCCCGCCCGGUGCGGGGCCGCAGUUGUGCAGGAGCGCCGGCACCAUGCGGGCGGCUGCGGGGGAUGUGGUGGGCAUCCUGUGCUUGGUUUCUGUGGCGGCCACGCUGGAUUUCAAGUACCACCACACCGAGGAGCUGGAGAAGUACCUGAAGGGAGUUCACGCCGAGUACCCCUCCCUGACCCACUUGCACAGCAUCGGGCGAUCGGUGGAAGGUAGAGACCUGUGGGUUCUUGUUCUGGGAAAGUUUCCAACCCAUCAUAAGAUUGGCAUUCCAGAGUUCAAGUAUGUUGCUAAUAUGCAUGGGGAUGAGACUGUUGGGAGAGAAAUACUGCUCCAUUUGAUAGACUUCCUGGUGACCAGCUAUAGACAGGACCCAGUUAUCACCCGGUUACUCAAUAAUACCCGGAUUCAUAUCAUGCCGACAAUGAAUCCUGAUGGAUUUGAAGCUACAAAAGUGCCUGAUUGUUAUUACACACGAGGAAGGUACAACAAGAAUGGAGAAGAUCUGAACAGAAAUUUUCCUGAUGCCUUUGAAAAUAACAGCGCUAACAUUCAGCCAGAGACUCAAGCAGUAAUGAACUGGAUAAAAAAUGAAACGUUUGUUCUUUCAGCAAACUUGCAUGGGGGUGCUCUGGUUGCCAGUUACACCUUUGAUAAUGGUAACUCAGUUACUGGCUCUUCGAAAGGCUAUAGCAGAUCUCCAGAUGAUGAUGUCUUUAUUCACCUGGCAAAAACCUAUUCUUCCCACCAUGCCAGCAUGUACAAAGGGACUGGGUGUGACAACAGACAAACUUUUCCAGAAGGCAUUACCAACGGAUACUCUUGGUACCAGCUGGAAGGUGGAAUGCAAGAUUACAACUAUGUCUGGGGACAAUGUUUUGAAAUUACAUUGGAGCUGUCAUGCUGUAAAUAUCCUCCAGCAGACCAGCUGGAAAAGUUCUGGAGAGACAACAAAGUUGCUCUGAUUGAAUAUAUAAAACAAGUACACCUAGGUGUCAAGGGUCAAGUUACUGAUAAGAAUGGGAAUCCUAUUCCCAAUGCCAUCGUGGAAGCCAAAGGAAGGCCUCAUAUCUGCCCCUACAGAACAAAUGAACAAGGGGAGUACUAUCUUCUCCUUUUGCCUGGGACAUAUGUGAUCAAUGCUACUGUACCAGGAUUUAAAUCAAUGCUGAAGACAGUGGAAAUACCUGACAACACUGGUAACUUCAGUGCUUUAAAACAGGACUUCUCUUUCCCAGAGGUCUCUAUCAGACCAAAAGUUGCUUCAUGUCCCAAAAUUCCCCUCUACCAAGAGCUUACAAGGGCUUCAGCUGCAGUAAAACCAACCCUACAUGUCUUGGCUUUAAUAACUGCUCUGUUUGUAAUUUUUAAAUAAAGUCAGGAAUGAGAUGUCAUGGCCAGGCAAAAUCCACCAGCACAAAUGUGGCUUUGCAGACAAGGAAUUGUAUAUGCAAAAGAAUGUCUGUUUUUAUAAACCAGAUUCUCAGAUUCACAAUCAUGUUCACUGUAUUUUGUAAAAUACUGGGUUGACAAUCGAAUGUUUUACUUUGACUAUAUUUUUAAUUGUAAUAGACUAUCAUAUUUUUCUAUGUAUUUUACUCGGAAGAAAUUUUGUACAGCCAAUGGAGAUAGCUGUAGAAUUUCAAUGUAGGAAGUACAAAUACAUUCUAAAGACUUUGCCUGAAUUCAAAAAAAGUUGAGGAUUGUACUGCAAAUGUUUUAUGCAAGCUCAGGUUCCUCUCUGAACCAACAGCUAAGGUGCCACACAACUGUAAGUGAUCAGAUCAAUCCUAUUUUCUCAUAACAAAGUCGUUGCUAUAAAUGAGGAAUGGCAUUUAAAAUAUGCUUUUUCUUACUUGGACAGAUGAGACUGCUUAGGGCUCAAAUGAGGUAAAGAACAGUAACACAGGUUUUAAGACAAAAGGAUGGAAAUGAAGUAUGUGCUGAAGUGCCACGCUCCUGGAAGCUGGAUUAUAAUCUGCACCAUCAGGGAGAAGGGAGGAAUUUGUCUCUCUGAAAACAGUGUUCUACAGCAGAGCUGCUGAAAACAAUGUGGGAACAGUCACUGACAGCUUUAUACCUUGCCCAUUUUUAACUGAAUUUGGUGUGGAACAGAACCACAGACAAUUCAGAUUCCUUGAAUAGCUUUAGCAAUGGCUUUAUAUUGCUUCAGUAGCUACUGCACUGUUGGGACUGUCUAACACACAUGCCAGGAGCUGGCAGGCACACUUAGAAAGGCAGAAACCAGUUCCUGUUACAGAGGCUGGUUUCAGCACUCCCCUGGCUGGGCUAGGCUGUAUUGUAGCCGGAUUAGCAGAUUUCUUUUGCCUGGCCAGUUGCAAAUCAUUGUCAGGGCCCUUUGAAGCUGUCCAAUAAACACAAAAUUUAUCAAGAAAAGCCAGUUAGUACCAUCUCCUGUGUUUAUUUUAAAACGUUAUCUGCCAGUAAUUUUCUUACGCAAUUUUAAAAGUAAACCAGAAGAGAUUAUCUUUGGAAACAUCAAUCUUUUCCUGUAUACAGUAAAUAAAAAAUGCAGGAAUGCAGUUAAUCCCUUAAUGCCUUUUCAAAUCUUUCCUGAGGCACUGCUCUGUCACACCAGGCCCCACCAGCUGGGCUGUGGAGCUUGGGCAUCAGCCACUUACCUGUCUGCCAGCCAGCUGCAUUCAGUGUGUGAAUGCACUUCAGAACAUGAAAACAGUAUUGCUGAUUGAGAAUGAGGGCUGCAUGCGCAAGGUACUGUUUUUUUAAUGUAUUCAUCAUAUACAUUUGAAUUUUCUAUCUUUUCUCACCCUCUGAUCUGCUGUGGCUUGUUUACCGGUCAGAGAAGUAAUUAAUUAUCCACGAAGUCCCACCACUGAUAGUUGGUUCUGGUCUGUCACUUAUAGCAGAAAGAACUAGAGAUGCUUUGAGUGUAAAAUCCCCAAAAUGCAAGAAAUCUGAGAGAAGUCAGCAGUUCAGCAGGUGAGUGAGGGCAGAAAGAGUGUGCAUGCUGCUUAGAGGAACAAGAAUCUGUAUGAAAACCAAGUACCAGAACUUGUAACAAUCAAGUCAUUAACAUUAACAUUAAAAAGAAAGAGCACCAAAGAGUAUAUAAAGAAAUCUUUAUUUAAAGCUUUUAAAUGGAACACAGUACUCAGUUUCCCUAGAAAAAGAACAACUGAAAACCAAAAGAUAAAUGCAACAUGCAUGAAAGUUCUCAUAAAGGGAUCUAUGCACUGUGCAAGUGGAGUGGAUACUUGUAUUUCAGUGGUUACUGAUUGUGAUUGUACUGGGUAGCCAGAAGGUACACAUCAUUACAAGCUCUUGAAAGCAUCUUCAUCUAGGAAUAGUGGCAAUAUUGCAUAGUUAUUUCAAUUCACUAUGAACUACUCUGUUUAACAGUAAUUCCAGCUAUGUGUAGUCAGACAACAAAGAUUUUGAUUUUAGAAAAGCUAUUGGUAUUUUAGGUGUUAAGUAAUCAUCAUGUAGAUAGCCAAUAAUUUGGCUCACAACCAAGAAGUGUCCUUUAAAAUCAGGCUGUUAAGCUAAAGCAAUAUUUACUCAAAAGGUGAGACAACACCUUUUAAGUAUGACCAAUUUUACAUGUAGAAUAUAGAUACAGAUACACUAGAGAGGCAUUCACUUGAAGCUUUCAGUGCACCUGUGCUAAAAAUAAUAUAAAAAAAAAAAGGGACACACUAUAGUUAAAAGCAACAAGUUUUCACAUUCACUAAGUGCAAUUUUAACAUUGCUAAAAGACACCUUAAGCCUAGGUUUUGUUUUGCUUGUGCAACCUUUAAACAACAACUCAAGAUAAACCUUUAACUCAGGUAUGGAGUGCCAGAAAAGCCCCCUUAGCCGGGCAGGUAAUCCCCCAGAAGAGGCAGACCCUGCCAGCCAGAGGGCUGAUACUCCAGCAAAGCAGUCCCUGUGUGAGGUGGCGCAGGGUGUGCAGGAGAGCACAAGUGUAACUACACUACGGAAUGGGCUUCAGCAAGUACAGAAGUGACCCUGCAGCCCCUCCACGCUGCACCCACUUGCUGGCCCUGAGAACGGCCAUGAGAGCAGCUGACAGAGCUCAGCACAGGGAUGAGCUCUGCCUGUCCACGAGUCCAUGCACAUGUCCAAUGCUCCAUCACACAGGGAAACACCUCAACAGCAAAUGCCCCUUUUCAGGCCAAGUGUUGCACAACAAAGCACUGUAGGGUAAGGGAUAACUGCUGCCCCACGAUAUGUGUGGCAAGUUAACAUUCUCGAUAAAUUACCUGCUUUAAAAUUAUAAACUCUAAAGUUACACCUUAACACAAGAGCAGCUGUACAUUAAGAUGGCAAAGAAAAGGUCUUCAUCGCUGUAUUCAUCCUAAUUAUUGAUUUGUUUUAUUCAGUUUCAUCAUGCUUCUAAUAAUUUUCUAAUCUCUCUUUUAUAAGACAAUUUUCUGAAACAAUUAUCCUUGACGCUUUCUGUAAGAACGAGGAAUUAUCUUCCCCUCAACUUAGUCAAUAAAGGGAAAAAGUCUGCCUGAAAUCUUGCAUGUGGCUUCAUACCCACACAGACAGUACGGAGACAGCGACAUUGGAACAAAUUUACAGCAAACAGAACUCAGUGAUAAAAAUCGUACCACACUUUCAGAACAGAUGUAACGCUUUUCACCAAUUAACAUUUUGAAACGCUUUUACCCUUUCGGAAUCAACCUGCUGAUGGGCGCAGUGCAGCACAGCACUCGUGGCACACAUUUCUGCCCACGUGCUCCUUAGGAACACAGACACAACUCAAGGGGUGCUGCUCAGUAAAAAGCAUCACCUUGCAGUGUGAAUGUUCAAUACAACCACCCACCCAGCUACUUCGGUUUCAGCCUCAAGUACCUCACUUUGCACUUCACUUCCUUGGGUCAAGAGUUGAAUUUCAAUACUAACAAAUAGGUACAUAGUUAAAGAGCUGUAUUUAAACAAUAAGUAGGUUUAUCAUACUUUAUAAAAAAGAAAAAAUGAGAGUUCUCGCACCAUUUAUAUAUUACUAUUGUCUAUCUGAUGGGUAAGAAGGAAGAGACUAAGACAAUUACUGAAAAUUACUGAAAACAAACUCCAUCAAAAUAUUCUCACUGUGCUCAUGUUGCACCAGCUCCAUCUCUAAUAAAUGUUCGAGUGCAACACAGAAGUUGUUUUAAGGGAAGAAAAAAAAGAAAGCAAAGCCAUAAAUCUUUCUGUGGCCUUCUUAAUCUAAAUAAAAUCCGAAUAUUUCUCUGUAUUUUAAUGCUACAUUUCUUAAAUAUUUUUCUUGAGAUUUACUUAAGUAAGCAUAUUUAUAUGACUACGCAUAUACCAGUAGACUAAUUCAAUAAAUUAAAACUCAAAACAUUAACUGUGAGCACAAGAAUAUUUACAAAUGGCAAUAAAUUAAAGAUUAAAA